GGACGCGGGAACUCCAGCGGGUGGAUUCCUCCUGUAAGAAUGCUGGUGAUUUGAAAGAGCUUCGGCGAGGUUCUCGUGUUGUAACACGAAGUAUGGGUGGCUUAAGUGCCUUUAAAGAUGAAAAAAUAGAUAAAGACCUCUGGCAGAAGAUUGGGAAUACGCAAGGUUCAAUUCUGAUUAAGAAUAAACGGAUUGGAAUUAAGCAAAAGGUCGAUUUACUCUCGGUUGAUAUUUUUGAUAAGUCUACAACUCAUCAAGGAAACCAAAUUAUGAGCCUUUAUAACAAUGUUAGCCAAAGAGAUUUUAACGAUGAUGGGGAUACUUAUGUUUCUGAUGAUGAGGAUGAAAAUAUUCAAAAUAACUCAGAGGAGACUGUUACUAGCGUUUUAAGUUUAUCUAAUGAG